GCAGCGGGGCUGUGUUGUGGUGUGUUUGAGAGAGAGAGAGAGAGAGAGAGAGAGAGAGGUUCAGGCUUGAGAUCCAAGGAAAAUGUCAGGAAGAGGGAAGGGUGGGAAGGGUUUGGGAAAGGGAGGAGCAAAGAGGCACAGGAAAGUUCUGAGGGAUAACAUCCAGGGCAUAACGAAGCCCGCGAUUCGUCGCCUGGCGAGGCGUGGCGGCGUAAAGCGUAUCAGUGGCCUCAUCUACGAGGAGACCCGAGGGGUCCUUAAGAUCUUCUUGGAGAACGUCAUUCGCGACGCCGUCACCUACACUGAGCAUGCUCGUCGCAAGACCGUUACCGCCAUGGAUGUUGUUUAUGCUCUUAAGAGGCAGGGCAGAACACUAUAUGGGUUUGGUGGGUAGGGAAUGAAUUUGGGUCUUAAACGUGUUUAUGGUAAAUUGAUUAUGUUGCAUUAUGUUAUGUCAUGUCAAGUAGUUAAUAUGGUUUUUUGUUUUUUUGGUUUUCAUCUCCAAAUGAUCCUUUUGUUUUUGUAGCAAUUGUGAAUAUAAUGAAGGAAAGAAUUAUUUCGAUUUUCA